GCUCGAAGGCUUUCAGUGUGUGACGAAUUGUUGCUCGAAGCGGACGGCGUCAAAAGCUUUGUUCGCAUUCCAUACGCAACGCAGCUGAAGCUUGGACACAAUGCAAAAGCUCUGUAGAAGCGCAUGGGCGCUUGGUCAACGCACUGGCAACGGCUUCGGCGGCAGAGGCAUCGCCUCCCUGGCGGCGCUCUCGGAAACGCAUCAAAUGCUGCAAAAGACCUGCCGCGAUUUCGCUAAUGCGGAGCUGGCGCCGCACGCGAGACGCCACGAUCGCGAGGAGCUGCAUCCGGCGGAACAGGUGCGCCGCCUGGGCGAGCUGGGGCUAAUGUCGGUCGCUGUGCGGGAGGAGUACGGUGGCGCCGGGCUGGAUUAUCUGGCCUACGCCAUAGGCAUGGAGGAGGUGGCGCGCGGCGAUGGCGCCGUGUCUAUUGUAAUGGGCGUGAACAAUCUGUAUCUAGGCGCAGUGCAGCAGCAUGGCACGGAGGCGCAGAAGCAACAGUUUCUGGUGCCCUACACCCAGGGCCACCACAUAGCCUUCUAUGCGCUCUCGGAGCCGGGCAGCGGUUCAGAUGCCAGCGCCGCCAGCACCACAGCGAAAUUUAAUGCCAACGGGGAUUACCUGCUCAGCGGCACCAAAGCCUGGAUAUCCAACUCGAAGGAGGCCAGCGGCGGACUUAUUUUUGCCACCAUUGACAAAUCCCUGAAGCACAAAGGUAUUACAGCUUUUCUGACGGAGAAGGAUGUGCCCGGCCUGUCCGUAGGCAAGAAGGAGAGCAAGCUGGGCAUGCGGGCCAGCUCCACGUGCCAGCUGACGCUCGAUGAUGUGUGCGUACCGCAAUCCCAUGUGCUCGGAACGCCCGGCGGAGGCUUCAAGAUCGCCAUGGAAUCCCUCGACUGCGGUCGCAUAGGCAUUGCCGCACAGUCCACGGGCAUUGCGCAGGCGGCUCUCGAGUUGGCCGUCGACUAUGCGGAGAAGCGUGUAGCCUUUGGGCAGCGGCUGUCGCGAUUGCAAAUGAUUCAGCAGAAACUGGCGGACAUGGCGCUACGCGUUGAGACCGCUCGGUUGCUCACUUGGCGCGCCGCUUGGCUUAAGGACCAUGGACUGCCAAUCACCAAGGAGGCAGCCAUGGCCAAGCUGCACGCUUCCGAAACGGCCACCUACUGUGCGCAUCAGUGCAUCCAAAUCCUGGGCGGCAUGGGCUAUACAACAGAUCUGCCCGCUGAGCUCUACUAUAGAAAUGCCCGCGUCACGGAAAUCUACGAGGGCACCUCCGAAAUUCAGCGCAUUGUGAUUGCUAAUUGUGUAAUGCAAAGCAUUUACAAUUAGUUAAAAUAAACAAAUAAGAAAUUAGCAAUUGAGUCGAGCUUCUAUCGCCAUCUGCACUUUAAGUUGGCGGGCGAUAAGUUAUAUAAUCGAUUUAUAUAGAACUGCCAUGAAUAAUCAUUAAACGGCUAAUAUACACGAAA